CUCAUCCAUGGCUGCGGAGAGUUUCUGCGCAUCAACAAGAAAGGAAAACUCGCAGACUGUGUGUAUUAAAAGGCGAAACGCGGGCUCGCGCUGAUUCGGUGAUUUCUUUUUUUUUGGAAGCUCGCGCAGGAACUUUCCCCUUCCUGACAGGAAUCUGCGCGCGCGCGCCGCUCUCUCUUUCUGCGGACGCAGUGAAAUGAAUCAAAUUCUAUUGUGAUGUAAAAAUGAAGUCGGAAGCGAGCAAGGGCUGACAAACGGAGUUUAAGAGCGAGACCACUGCCCGGAAAAGUGGUACACGGUAUCAGAUUUGACUGCUUAUUUGCAAAUGUAAAUUUUUUUUCAAAGGUUGGAAAAGUUGCUUCACUCUGACCGGCAGGUAUGUGGAUGUAAGGUAGGUGCUAGAAACAAGAAUCGGGAUUGUUACAUCACGCUGAGAUCCCGAAUGAAGUAAUCCGAGGAGAUGACCCAUCAUGUCAUUAAAGUUUUGACUGAGAAGAAACAUCCUUGGACGGAGUUUAUUGGUUGACUGAGUUAACUAUAAGGUUAAGGGACGAUCUCGUCCAUUUUUUAACCCGACGUUCCAGCGAUGGAUAAUAGCUUUCCAGGCAGCAACAGUGCCGUGAUCCAAAAGGGAAAGUUGGUGUUUGUCGAGGCUCAGUUGCAGGGUGGAGCGCCCUGGGGUUUCACGCUCAAAGGUGGGCUUGAACACGACGAGCCGUUAAUCAUAUCGAAGGUAGAGGAGGGCGGGAAGGCGUCUCAGCUGCAGCACCCCCUGCAGGCCGGAGACGAGGUGGUCGUCAUUAAUGAAGUGGAGCUGAGCGGAUGGAGGCAGGAGGCCAUAUCUCUUGUCAAAGGAUCGUACAAAACGCUGAGGCUCACCGUGCGAAGAGAGCGUUGUCCAGGUCCUUGCUGUUCUGACCCGCGUCCUCUGAGUCCUUCCAGAGACAACAGAUGCAGUGGAGGAGUCAAACUACGCAUCAAAAACAGACGGAGUGAGCCUGGAUCUCGACCUCAUUCCUGGCAUUCUACGAAGCUGGGCGAGGGCCCUCAGGACUCAGACAGCAUGAUGCAAGUCACCCAGGGAGGUGUGGGAGCCCCCUGGCACCAGAGCUACCACUCCAGUGCCUCAACCACAGACCUUUCAGGAUUUGAGACAGGAUUCCUUAGGAAGAGCCCAGAUCAGUACAGUUCCCGGGGCAGCAUGGAGAGCCUAGACCACACUCACCCAGCCUACAGCUCCUGCUAUCAACUGUCUUCAUCCAAAUCCUCCAGUAGCAUUGAUCAUCUGCACAGCAAGCGUGAUUCUGCAUACAGUUCCUUUUCGACCAGCUCCAGCAUCCCAGAGUAUCUUGCAGCGGCACCAUUUAACAAGGAGAGGUCAUAUUCCAUGGAGAACGUACCACAGAGAGAAGGGAUGCAGCAGGCUGAUAUACGCUACAUACGCACUGUGUACGACCCCCAACAGGGUGUGUCUGAAGAGCAUGAGAUCAGCUCUGCAGCCAUUAUGAGACCCAGUGACAGCAGAGCACAGUCUAGAAGUGGGAAUGUCUCAGGCCAGAUCUGUCAUCGUGGCAGCAGUAGUAGUGGAAGCAGUGGAAGUAGCGGAAGCACCUCCAGCUCACAACGCCACAGUGUUGGGCCAGUCUGGGAUCCAGUGCACAACCGGCACUCUUACGAGAACCUAAAGGGGGCGCCAGCCCCUCCGUUACGCAGUGACAGCUAUGCAGCAUUUCGCAAUCAUGAACGUCCCAACUCCUGGUCGAGUCUUGAACAUGCUCGGUCACAGCGGGCACUUCACAAGGGUUCCUGGCAUCACUCAAGUGGUUCUGUGGCAACAGGAAAGUCCUCGUUUGGUGCUGAAGGUCAGCUGCACACAGUCAUAGAAAAAAGCCCAGAAAGUAGUCCCACCACCAAACCUAAACAGGGUUUUCCUCAGGCUACACAACCUGGUCGCCUCAUGUUACCCACUAGCAUUUACCCGGUUCCACCUCCCGAGCCUCAUUUUGCACAAAUUCCAACCAGCAACCCAAGCUCUGGAAGCGUAUACCCAGCACUGGCCAAGGAGAGCAAGCACAACAAUCACUGUGACCACUUGGUUGGACCAGUGAAGGAUGACAGGGGCACCGUUGAAAACGGAUACCAAAGCAAUGUUUCUAGCUCAAACCCUGUCCAAACUCAUGUUUCGGCACAACCAAAGCUCUCCGAUAGAGUGCAAGAUGACACUCAAGUCAAACCUGGUUUUUAUCGGCCUCACUGGCAACCACAAAUGCAGAAGUCACAAAUGUCAUAUGCACAGCAGGAAAGGAGGGACCCUUACACCCCUGUGCAACCAAGAGGAGAGAGACCAAAGUUCUCUCUUGGAAUGGAUGAUUACAACAACUACAGGCCACUGCAAGAUGAAGAACAAAAUAAAUGCAAAGAGCAAAGCCUCCACCCAGACCCAGUUUACACUGGGAAAGUCACAGGACAAGUUGCUCAAACAUACAGAGGAAACUUCAUGCAAACUCAAGGAAAUGACCACAUAGUCAAACCUUCAAGACACUACAGUGACUCUAAUGCACUCCAGGAGAAAGGUGAAGACCUGGAUCACCCCCUGACCAGACUGGAAAAUGCACUUGCUGAGGUUCAACGAUGCACCAGUCCAGAGAGUACAGCUAGCCAAUCCAGUUUCCAAAGUGAGCGUAGCAUGUCUGUGCUGGAGAAAGUAAGUCAUUUUGAGAGACAGCAAGUCAAACCUCGCAGUCAUAGCAGCCUCUCCCACCAUGGUUCUACUUGUCGUCUGAGCCAAAUGCCACGACCUUCCAGUGCCAAGAGCUCCUUCUCUGGUGUAGAAGAUGUGCGCAACAUGUUGGAGAGAAGCAACAGUUCAGUUCCUCAUGGGAGAACUCAAAGUACUUCUAGCAUGGCAAGUUAUGAUGGACACAUGGAUCAAGAUUUCCUAACAAGACAUGGGAGUAAUAAUCAUGUCCAACAUCGCCAGCAUCAACAGCCUGUUGUUGCCCACAAGACCUGUCUUCAAAGAAGUAAGAGCACCUUUCAGCUUGGUGAGGGGAAUAGUAAAGACAUCCAUGGGAAAGGUGACAUUCAUGACAUCUUGGGCACCAUCCAAGACACGUCUUUUAACAGAACUUAUAGAGACAGCAUUAAAGAUGCCCAGUCUAUGGUUCUGAGGUCAACUUCCUUCAGAAGACGUGACCUUAAUGUAAACCCUCCACCAGUGCCAGCUAAACACAUGUCUCUAGAACGAAAAGGAUCCAGUACAAGUCCAAAACCAGCUACAACAUCCCCACACACUCCAAAGGAACGUCAUGUUGUUCCUGUUGAAGCACCAAACAGAUCCUUUCCUCCUGAUCUCCCCAGUGUCCCAGCUGUUGGACCCCCAGUUUUGCGGAUCUGUGGACGCAAACGAUUCACAAUGGAGCAAAAGAAACGGUCAUAUUCUGAGCCUGAAAACAUGCAUGAAGUUGGAGUGUUGACUCAGGAAACCAAUCAGGCUGAAAGGAAGGUUCAACAGCAGUUUCUGGCAAGUGAGACGAGUGUUGCAGACAGACGCAGGAUGUUCGAGCAGGUGGCGAAUCGUAACGCUGACCCCAGAUUUUUCUCCUCCAGGCCUGAUUUGAAGCAAAUGCAACAAGAUGCACUUGUUGAGUAUAUGGAGCGCAAAACAGGUAGAAGAGUAGAUGGACGCCCAAAUCGCCCGCAUAGCGCUUAUAUACAAUCUGCUUCUUCCUCUUCUGCUGACUCUCAAAGCCUCAUCUCCACCCCAAGCAUGAGCUCGUUGCAAGAGCCAGCAUACGAUGGCCACACUGGUGGUAUACGGAAAUCCUCCACCCUUCCGGCAGGAAUGCAAAGCUCCUUUUACCACCUUAAAGGAAGCCAAAACCACACACGGCCUGAGGUUUUUGGCCAGCAGUCUCAAGGCACAAAUCUUGAAUCUCACAAAUCAGGCACAGUUCUGAGACAUACCCUUCCUCAGCACUUGGAAGCCACUUUUGAGAGAGCCACGUCGGCCAGAAGCUCAGGGAGGUCAGCUUCCGCUGAGGAUUUGCUGGACCGUAGUGAAGAACGUCCCAUUACUCAGCACUUUCGAUCCAAGUCAUCUCCUAUGGAGAACUUUAGUCAGGACUUCUUAGCCACAGAUCUUCAGUUGCUGAGAGGUUCCUCCAAGGAAUCCUUUGAAAACAGGGUGUUGGCAAACAUGGGACACAAACAGCCGUCAAGUUCAGCACGUAUGGAGAGGAGUUACCAGCUAAACCAGGGUCCUGUCCAGCAAAGCGCACCCGUGUUGAGGCGCGAGCGUCAGAGACAUUCAGACCGGCCUAGGGCACAGAGUGCUUCAGGUCUGGCUGCGUCUGUGGGACUCCCUUGCCCUUUCACCUCUCCAGGCGCUGCCGCCAGCCUCGACUGGCAUAACGGAGACAGACUGUAUCAGCCCAACCUAGACUCCAUUGCAUUUCCCGAAACUGGCCCACAAAGUCAGAAGAGUCCACCGGGAAUGGUACGGCAAAACUCCAGCGACACCAGCACUUCUGAAGACACCCUGAAAGACUUCCCGUGUCCGGUGGCCACUCCGUCACAUCCACACCCAGAGGUCACAGGGUCACAAUUUGAUUCAAGGCCGCAAACCCUUCCCAAGAGCCCGGUUUCCCCAACAAAGCCACUUCUUUCUCUUCGGAUCUCAGAAUCUAAUCUUAUUGAUGUUCAGAGUAUAGCUGUGUCUCAAGAUGACGAUGAAGUGUUUUUUGCACCUCCACCUCCACCUGCACCACUGCCCAUGAGAGAGACGGAGAUUACGGAGGACUUCCCGCCUCCUCCGCCUCUCACACCACCAGUCGAGGAGAACGUGGAAGUGUCUUUACAGCAUAUGGGACCAUCACGGCCCAUCAGCGAGGUAGCCCACCCGGAGCCUGAGCGCUCGACUCCACCGGUGAGCCCCGACAGCCCCGGCGCUGCCUCCCGACCCCGGUCCCCAGAGCAGGAGGCCCCUGAGAUACUGGGGCCCGACUACCAUCUGCUGUCCAGACGAGAGCGGACGCAAGCCGAGCUGCUGGUGGAGACCUUAGCCCGAGAGCUGCUGAGCCACGACCAAUCCCUCGCCUCGCUCCUGGACGCCUGGGCGGGCAAAACCACCCUGGACCUGAUGGAGGGCAUCUUCCCAUCGCACGGCAGCCGUCUGAGUGACAGGGCUCAAGAUGGUCCAGAUACUCUCUCUCAGGCUGUUCCGAGAAAAAUGGAAACCAACCUGGACGAUGAAGAAGAUUACUUGAAUCAGAAGAAGGCGGAGCUGUUGCGGGCGCUGCGGCUGAGCACGCGCUCGCUGCGGGCGGAGAGAGACGAGCUGUCGGAGCAGCAGAAGCGCUUCACGGCUCUGGGCGGCAGCACGGAGGCUCUGGUUCAGCAGCGCUGCAAACCCAACGAGAGAGAGAAGUACCGCAUGUUCGUCGGAGACCUGGAGAAGAUCGUCAACCUGCUGCUGUCGCUGAGCGCGCGACUCGCUCGCGUGGAAAACGCCCUCGACGCGCUGGAGGACGACGACGCCGCGGAGGAGCGGGAAUCGCUGCAGCUGAAGAGGAAGCAGUUGUGCAGUCAACGGGAAGACGCUCGCGAGCUGAAGGAGAACCUGGACCGGCGCGAGCGAGUGGUUCUGGACAUUCUGGCGGGUUACCUGAGCGGCCCGCAGCUGCGUGACUAUCAGCGCUACAUCCGCAUCAAACCCGCCCUUCUGAUUCGCCAGCGCCACCUGGACGAGCUCAUCCGGCAGGGGGAGGAGCAAGUGAAGAGGCUGGAGGAGACCCUCCCAAAGAACACUGACCCCGCCCCCCAAACGCCACAUUGUUUUAACUCCACCCACUUGCCACGUCCCACCACUGUGACCUCACUCUGACUCCGCCCAUCAUACGAUGACGUCUCUUACAGCAGAGGACGAAUCGGAAAUCAACGCAAUGCACAAAGAAAAGUGCCUUAAAUGAAGGAGACUAUUUCUGACUUUUUAAAGUAUAGAAGACCAUAACUGUGGUUUAUCUACACUAAACAACUGCACAGCGCAUGUACACUACAUACUUAGCGUAUAGCACAACACUGAAGCACAAUGGCACAAAACGCCUCGUUCUGAUUGGCCGAAACACAAAUAAUUUCCAGCCCAGAGCACUUUGAAACACUAUGAACCACAAUGACGUCACGAAGACAAGAAACUACCGAACACGCAAAACACUUAUUACCAUCUAUUUGAAAUUUUUGUUGUCGAUAAAAGCGACAGCUGAUUAUUUAUGAUUUUACGUUGUUUAGAAACUAUUUUGUACUCUGUACGUUGCUGUACAUACUCAGUCCCCUUGUGAUUUUAAAAUGUAGAUGGUUAAGAAGCAGUAUAGAUAUUGUAUUUUUGUAAGCAAAUGACUAGCGAGGGUGUUUUGGGGCGGCUUUAACAGGUGCUACUAUAUCUAAAUCAGAAACCAUAAUGAUGGUUCAUCAGCACUUGAACACAGUAUCAGUACAUGGUUUCUGUAGUGAUUAGGAAUACAAAAAAAUCUGUUAAAACUGAACAUCAUACUACUCGGUUUGAUCACAAUGCACACGCCCAAACUCUUUUGCCAAUAUGUUUUAAUGUGUGGCUGUUUUUUUUUAAUUUGGAGAACAUCUUUUAUUUACGAAAUAUCUAACCCCUGCACUGCAUCUGUACGAGAAGGCCACGAUAGCUCAGAAUGGAAGCAUUUAUUCUUGUAUGAGAGGCUGAACUGCUGUUGUGAACCCAUACACAUGCGAUUGUCUUUUUUUUUUUGUUUUUGAUGGGGCUAAUCUGAAGAAAGGUUCAGCCAUGCUUUACACUGUUUAAAAGCAAAAACAGCACAAUUGGAAGGCAAAAUAAAUCUAUUUUUUAAAUACAA